CUCGCUCCCUGUAAACUUCGCUCGUGUUUACAGUAAAGUCGCGUUGAAAGUCUGCAUGUGCGGUGUAUGCAGCACGUCCGCAAGUGGGAUGGCAAUUGUUUGUGUUGUGAUCGUUUUAUCCAACGUCGUUCAUCCAUAAACAAGGCCCAUCAAGAGGAAUAAAAUCCAUACCAGACUCUGCAAAAUAACAAGCAUGAAUAAAUAUAUACGUUAACCAAUCUAUUGUCACGAUGUUUGAGUACUUCUAAAAAAAAAAAAUAUUCUCAAAAAUAUGUCUUUGCUUAAAACUCGGGAUGAAGCUGGUCUUCGUUAAAGAGCAAUAAAUCAAUUAAAUACCGUACGAACUUUCAAUCAUUUUUAAUACACGAACGAAGAGGGGCAUAGAAUUAAUAAUGGGAUGAUUAUUUUUGUACAAGUUGUCAAUAAUAGGAAGAAAAAAUCGAUGAAUUAACGAACGUGAGUGAAAUUUCGUUCUCGUAUCAUAUUUUUGACAGCAAAAAAAUCAACUACCAAACUUAAAUCAAAUAAAAUGCAUAAAAUACGACUGUACGUAGUUCCGGAGGUAGUGGAGGAGGAACCGGAAGAUGUGGCUAUCGAUGACUUCGACUCGCCAACCGAAUUGCCCCCAGUUAUGCAGCGGAGAAAUUCCCGUCGUCCUACGGAACGUGCAGUCCGAUUAAACGUUAUCCAAAAAGAUCGGAGAGCCGACUCCCUGGCCCCAAAGCUCAAGCAUAUACGUCAGCAAAUUGGUAAAACCGAUUGUCAGACCGAUACCCUUACCCCGAUUGUUUCCAAGCAGAACAUGAAUUUAAACAGCAACAACAACAACAAUAAAAAUCAAAUCAACAACAACAUUAUCAAUAAUAUAAGCAACAUCAACAACGGUGAUAAGAGUAAUAACAACGGUUUGGAAAAUCGUGAAAAUGUAACGAAAAUGGGCAAGAUCACACCCCACAUGGCCGCUUUGCCGAAGAAAAGCGUCUUCGCUUCGCCGAGGAUCAAGGAACUGGCCAUAAAUCUUCAGGAGAAGAUGGUGGAACGACAGCAAGCCAAAUCGUUCAGAAACCGUUUGGGACACGCGGCGGAAGGUGACGAUGUGAUUAUCCAUGACGGUGCACGUAAUCAGGGAGUGAACGUCAUCCCGUUGUCUGAUUCGAACGUCAGGAACGGGGACGUCACUCCGCGAAAGAUGAUUAGAAACGAUGCUCGUGCCUCAGAGACGUUGAGUUCCAUCAUCGAGGUUUCGUCCUCACCUAAAGCUACUCUCAAAAGCUAUCCUCAAAAUCCAACGGCACCGCCGAAAGUAGAGGUGAUCUGUAACAACAGACGAAUCAUGGUGACAUCCAGGGGAGGAAACGCCGAUAUGCGUCGAGCUGUAAUAACGAUUCCAAGUGGAAACACGGGACGCGUUACGAGUUCGAAUAACGAUUGUGAGGUUAAUGAUGCAGCGACGAAGAGAAACGAUGCUGGUAUCAUCGAAAAUGGAAACAACUCGGUUAUUUUGAGGAGAAAUAAUAAACUCAACAGAUACAGGGAAUAUGAUCUCGAGCAGAAGAUCGAAGUCGAGAUCAAAAUGCGAGAAGGAUCCGCAAGGCUUUUGGCAGCUGCUCGACAUCGGGCUCAAAGUCUGGAAGCAGCCAGAGCUCUGCUCACCUCUAACGAACGCAUGUCAGCCUACAUGGCGGAGCUUCAGCGACGUAAAAAAGAAUCGUCUAACAAACCGAGUUUACCCGUAAGUGCGGCAAGAGUCUCAUUGUCGGACCUACGAAUACCGUUAAUGUGGAGGGAUUCAGAUCACUUCAAGAACCGGGGUGAUUAUCGACGAUUCGCCGUGUUUUGCCUGGCCCGCGUCGGGACCGAAAUCCACGACACGGCCUUGCUUUGUCCAGUGGACAGGGCGCUUACCGAUGUGACCUUCCCCGAUGUGCUUAUCUUUAACAACGUGCCAGCGGAAUUCGAAGUCACGCUGGAGAUAUACAGCCACAUCUUGCAGGAGGAUUUGAGCAUCGCAAGCACGCCCCGUAGAAUCAAACGAUCCAUUCACUCUUCCAUUUCCCGAACAGUUGGAAAAAGACUCGCUGCCUCCCUUAGGGAUGAAUUAAAUUCCGGUGAAAUUGGACCACAUUUUGAAUUAAUGGCAUCUGCGAGAUUGACUCUAGACGACACAGAUGACAAUAUACACACACACGACCUCAUCCUAAACAACUUAGAAAAUAAAAAUCACUCACUGCCGCUCUUCGGGCACUUCUGCUGCCGGCUGGCUGCGCAACCAGAAUGUGUUACCAAAGAAGCAUGCAGUGGCAGCAUCAUCCUUGACGGACAAACCUGCUGGGCAAGAAUCCAAAGAUUUACACUUCAGGCUUGGGACUCGCGGAAACUCGCUGAUGAGGAGCAGAGUCCAUUCAGCAUCUUACCGAUCAACAGGGAAACAUUAAUUCAGCGAUCAAAGUCUUCGUCGAGAGAGCUACGGAUCAGCAACACGAUUGAGGGGUCUGAAAAAAUGACUACUAUAAGAUUGGAAACUGCUGACGAGGCACAGAAAUGGUUGAGGCAACUCGUAGCUCAUGCAAAGGAUCAUUUGAGGUGGAGGCACGCCGCUGAGACUAUCCAAGAUGUUCCGUCUAUAGAAAGUGCUAGGAAUUCAUUCAUCAGCAACAAGCGUCAAGGGUCUCUUUACGACGAAACGCCAUUGAUCGAAUCUGUUGAAACAGAUUACGCAGCGACACGGCCAACUGUCCACGAGAUUUUUGGGCUAACUCCCAGCACCAGUUUGAGUAGUUGCAGCUCAACAAGCAGCCCGCCAAGCCUUCGUUCUCGAUCAUUAAGUACCAGUGGGGCCAGGAAAUCAGGCAGUGCAACCCUGCGAUCGCAUUGGCCGUUCUCAAACAAAAAUCACGAUUAAUCACGUGAUAACUGUGUCAACGCGUCAAGUUUUUUACAUUCGAUUAACCGUGUAAAAUAAUCCUUCGCACUUUUUGCAAUGAGGAAUACUUGAAGCACGGAAGUCACGAUGAGUUUAAAAAAAUCGUUUGAUUUCGGUCAAAGAUAUUUUUGCCCUGGUCUAGUUCACUGAAAUUGACUUUUCCACAGAGACGCGAACCUUGUUCGUUUGUUCGUUCUGUAUAUCUUUCCCAUUUGACUACGCGUAAUGCGGAUAAAAAUCGAAAGAAAUAAUAAAAAGUUUUGUAGCAUAUCACGGCAAUAUAAGUCAUUCAUUUCGCAGCAUUCAGAGUAUUUGCUGCUGUGUUCAACACAUGGAAGACUGUAGUCAAUUUUUGAUUAUCAUAGACAUUACACCUCCGAGAUAUAUUGAAAGAUAUGAUAACAUUUCAAAACGUGAAAAUAAAUAAUUAAAAUGCACGUAUUAUUCGUCUGAUCUUUAAUGAUUUCGCAAUCAAUACUCAGUAACAUUUCUUUAAAAAGAAGUACACAAAAAUAUCGAGAUUAUUAAUAUAAAAAAUGUCUGAAAAGUACAGUAUGAUAUUGUUUUCUACGUAGGUGUGUAUAAUGUGUGUGUGCAUAAUGUAGGUAUAUACAUCUUUUUUACUUUUUCACUCCUCGUCUUCAGUUUCGCACAAAUAAACUGCGCGUUUAUUUGCAUUGGGCGAGCAUCGCGAAGAAGAUAUCAGCAUUUGAUCUAAUAAACAAUUAAGUUGUCAUACAAGUAAUUAAUGUUUCAGUAUGAAUUGUAACUAAGUGGUCCAAUUACGAAGUGCCCUUCAGAAAAAAAAAUUUUCAUCAAUUUAUAGUAUGAAUUUGACAAAAGAUGAAUGAUGAUGGUAAACUUUUUUCUGUUUCUUUUUUUUGGUUUCUCUUUGCUUUUUUUUUUUUUUUCUCUUUUUGACAAAUGAAAUUGUUAGACAUACAGGACAAAGUUUUGUACGCGCAUCACCAAGUUGUGAUGAUUAUGCAAUAAGUUUCGUUAAUUUUGUUGCCAAAGGAAGUACAGAGAAAUAUAGUUGAACAUACUCAUUGGUCAUCUCUCACACAGAGCUGAAAGUCAGAUUUACUUGGAAAAAAGUCUGGAAUGGCAUAGUCAUCUCUUUUUUUAAAGAUUUUUUCCACUACUUCACGACAAUGUUUCUUGCUUACUGUUGCAAAAUUAUUUUUUAGAGCAUUUCAAUUUCAAUCGUUCAAUUACCGCGUAAAGUACUGUUCAGUAAUGUAUACGAAAAAUGCAAGAUCGGUUAUUAUAUUCGUCCGUACAAUUCACAAUUCACUAGAUUAUAGUAUAUUAUCUAAUCGUAUCAAGCUGCCAUAUUACACAUCAUACAUGGAAAAGAACUCCGUUUUAUUUUUGUCCCUUUUCUUAAUCUUUUCUACAGUAAAAUUAUAUACAUAGAUGUUUAUUUUCACGAUGUGUGCAAAAGAUUGCAAUAAAUGGCAUACCUAUAACAGAAAAAUAACGAUUCAUAAGUAUGAUUUUAUGAUACACUUGGAGGGAAUUCGUUUUGCAAUUUUUGAGAUAUAAUAAAACAAUAUGGUUUUCGUUGAAAUUUCUUUAAAAACUAGUAAGUAGAUAUUAUAAAAGUUUUCUCAGAUAUUGCUACUAGGAUCUUUUUGUACGUAAUUUUUCAUCACCAUUACGGUAGUGUGUCUAUAACGUAGAAAAGAUUGCUAUUAAUUCAGAAAAACGUUGUAUCACUAUAAUUAUGAUCUAAAUAAAAUUACAUCUAUGAUUUAAUAAUAUGUGUAUAAUGCAAUUGUAAUAAAUCAGAGUAUUUAUAAAUAUUAGUUUUUAUUAAUUAUCAAUGAAAUAAUGCCAAUAAUUUUAUUCAGCUGCCUCCUUGAUAUUAAAGACUUAAAAAAUACAUGUAAUUACAUAUACAAUAUUCAAGGUGGAUACUGAAAUGCAAAUCGAGUCUUCGACGGUGACAG